CAAGCCUCUGAGAUGGAGAUCAUGGACAACAUCAUGGCCAACAUCAUGGACAGCAAAGGAUGCUGGCAACCCAAAGCACCCCUGAAGUGUUCAACAGAGUGCAGCCGUUUCACGUCUCAGAUAGCAGAGAAGCGGAUAAGGAGCUACCGCUGGACCGAACCCCUCUGCCCCAAAAGAGCCAUCAUACUCACUACUCUGAAGUCCAUGGAGAUCUGUGCAGAUCCGGAUGCAGGCUGGGUGAAGAAGAUCAUGAAGAAACUGGACCAGAAGAAGGCUACAGCUUCCCAACUUCCCUGUGGUGCCACCUCGGCAGCAGCACUAGAAGAGCCUGGAAAACAACAGCCAUCAGACACAUUAUUUUUUACUAAUCAAGCUUUCUCAGGCCAAGCCAGAGGGCAGAUGACCACAGAAGGACCAAACAGUCUGCCUCUUCCCAGCUUGUUGAGAUCCCAAAUGCACUUUGUCAUUCCAGUUUCUGUGGUAGGUGGUCUGGUGGGUUGCAGUGUUGCUGUGUGGCUGUACCUAAAAUUUAAAUCAAAGCUUAAAGCAGAAGAGAUGUCAAGAGAAAUGGUACAGGGCUUGCUCUACCACAAGGGGGGACGUGAAAGCAAUGUUUAUCCAAUGGAAGUAAUCUGA